ACUCUCGUCGGUAUCCAAAGCAUCUCUCUCUCUCUCUACCUAUUUUGUUUGUACAUAAAAUCUCUCUCUCUCUAAAACACAGUGGAAGUGAAUGCAUUUCCUUCACUGCCGCCGCAGUUGCAUUCCGUUCGGCUUCUAGACUUUGCUGUUUCUGAGCUCUCAAAUGAGCAUAUUUCUUCGAUAUUUUCUAUGAAGUGUAAACGAUCGGAAAAUCUGAGUAGUUUUGUAGAUUUGAUCAGCUAAGCUGGUUGUGUAUAUAACGUUUUUGAAGAUUCGUAGGCUCAUUCUUUUAUCGGCUUUAAGAUCUAUAAUAACUUGCUGUUGAGGUAACUCCAGCUCGGACAGUCGGAUCAUCAGUUUGAAUCAGCAAUGAAGCCGAGUACUCAGCUUGACUCUGUAGUGUUCCACCUAACUCCUACUCGAACCAGAUGUGAUUUGAUUAUUAUAGCUAAUGGGAAGAAAGAGAAAAUUGCUUCUGGCCUGUUAAAUCCUUUUCUUGCACACCUGAAAACUGCUCAGGAUCAAAUUGCCAAGGCUGGUUACUCAAUUGUGCUUGAACCAGAUCCUCAGAGUGUUGCUUCGUGGUUUACAAAGGGCACCGUGGAAAGGUUUGUUCGUUUUGUGAGCACUCCAGAAAUCCUUGAAAGAGUGUACAUAAUAGAAUCUGAGAUCAUACAAAUUGAUGAAGCAAUUGCCAUUCAAGGGAAAAAUGAUACUCAAAAUGGCCUUGUUGAAGAUCAUCAAACAAAGCUGUUGGGAAACUGUGAUGGUAACAAACCCAAGACAGUUGUUAAUGAUGAUAAAGCUGUUGUCCUUUACAAGCCUGAGGAGCAUCAACCUGAAACAAGUAGUUCAUCUCCACAGGAAGGGAAUUCUAGAGUACAGAUAUUGAAAGUCCUAGAGACUCGCAAAUCCGUGCUGGAAAAAGAUCAGGGUAUGGCUUUUGCACGUGCUGUAGCUGCUGGUUUUCAUUUUGAUGACAUGCCACUCCUGCUGUCCUUUGGUAAAUGCUUUGGAGCCUCACGUUUGAGGGAUGCCUGCUUAAGAUUCAUCGAACUCUGGAAGAUAAAACAUGGAACUAGACAAUGGCUUGAAAAUGGAGCAGUAGCAGCAAUGGCAAGCCAACCUGAUCCAUCUGGUAUUAUGUUUUCUCAUUCCAGCAGUGAGAAAACAUCAGACAGUAAUGAUAAGCUAACAACGGAUGGUACUGCAGGUGAAGGGCCUCCUAUAGAUCAGCAGGUGCCAAAAAGUCAACAAGAAUACCUUCAAGGGCAGUUUCCUCCCUGGCCAAUGCAUUCUCCAGCCUCUGCCCUACCUCUUUUGCAACCAUACCCAGUUCAAGGAGUCCCAUAUUGUCAGACUUAUUCACAAAAUAGCCCUCUGGUGGGUGUCAUGCAGAGAACAGGACCAAAAAGACAAUCAAUGUAUAAUAACAAUAGCAACCAGAGAUUGGAUGAAGCAGAGUGGGACAAUGAAGAUUCCCAGCAUCAAGAGCAGAAGAAGAAAGCAAGAAAUGGGCAGUCAAGAAAGAUUGUUAUUCAGAACGUCAAUUAUAUUUCAAAACCAAAGAACUCCACCAGUAACAACUCUGAAUCAGCUUCUGAUACACAAAGCGAUGUAGACCCUGAAGAUCUUCUAGACAGUGAUCUCCACAGGCAGAAUGAAGCUUCUCGAUCAUCUAAAGCAAAGGGUAGCUAUCCAAAGUCUUGGAGUGAGUCAAAUUCAUAUGACAGAGAAGGGAAAGUUGUCAAUGAGGCAGAAAUUGAUAGUGGACACUGGCUAGCAUUUCAAAACUUAUUAUUCAGAGAAACCAAUGAAGAUAAUUGUACUGCAAAGGAUCACAUGUUUGCAAUGGAGAAAGGACUGAGGAGGGGGCAGCAAAAUCCCAUCUGUGAUGAUUAUACAACACUUGGUGGGCAAAGUUCUGAUGAAUUACAGGAUAGUAGGAAGAAUGACAUCCAUAAACUUAGUAUAAAUGGGAAAAGGGUCUGUUCCAGAACAGCAAAUGAUGAUUUUAUGUUGGCUGGUCGAGAAAACCUUUCAGGAUUGAGAAAUUCCAUAGAUCCACUUGCUAAACAUGGAAUUGAAAAAGUGGCUAAUAAACUGGAGAAAACUUCCUCACAAUAUAUGGCUGAUGAAUCUUUUAUAAUACCAUUUAGGUCAAUGCUAUUGGAUGAUGCUGUACCAGAAAAUACAACUACCAUUAAUAUGGAUUCUGAGCUUCCUAGAACUACUAAAAACACAGAAAACAACUCUAAUGGAGUUAGAAGCCAAAUCGAUUAUGAGCCUAGUGAUCUGGGCCUGAUUCCUGAACGUGAGACAGAAAAAAGUUCCAGUGGGUAUGACCCAACUUGGGACUAUGAGAUGCAAGUUCAUCUUGAAGAUAGUGCUUCAGGGAAGAAAGGAAAAAAGGAAACCUCCAGUAAUAUGAAGGAAGUACCUAAGAAAUUGGACAAGGACUGGAGGGCAAAAGUUACUGCUGAUUUGGAUAAGAAAAAGACUGUAGGACCCAUAAGAAGAGGGAAGUUAUCCAAGACAAGUCCUUUAGAUGAUGCACGAGCACGUGCAGAUAAAAUAAGAUCCUUUAAAGCUGAUAUCCAGAAGAUGAAAAAAGAGAAGGAAGAGGAAGAUCUUAAACGCCUGGAAACUUUAAAAUUGGAAAGGCAAAGGAGAAUUGCAGCAAGAGGCAGCUCCAUUUCUGCCAAUUCAGUGGCACCUCAAUCACAAACAAGAAGACUGCCAAGAAAGUUAUCCCCCACCCCUGUCAGAGGAUCAAAGUUCAGUGAUUCAGAACCUGGAUCAUCAUCACCCUUACAGAGAUCCAAAAUAAGAACACCUCUUGUAUCAACUAAUCCACAAAAAGCCCCAAAAACAAGUAAAUCAAGUGAUGGGCGGUUGGAAAAUAACCGGUUGACAAAACCAGCAACAUCAUUGUUUGAUCCCAAUAAGGAAAGUAGCAACAGUGUUACACCUGAUUCGAAAGCAUCCAUAGCAAGGCUUAGAAGAUUAUCUGAGCCCAAAACUAUCAACUGGCCUGUUGCAUCGGUCAAGGCACAUAGUGCAGAACCAGUAUCAAAGGCAAAAAUCCGUAGCUCUGGAGCAGCAGUAACAAAACCAAAGAAAUCUGCAGGACCUGAAAACAACAAAAUAUCAGAAAUCAUGGACCUUGAUAAGAGAAAGGCUGCAACUCUUCCUGAACUGAAGAUUAGAACUCCAAAAGAACUUUCAGAUAUACACCCUGAUAAAUCAUUCAUGAAUGAUAGAAAAGGUUCACUUGAGGGUGAAGGAGAUGAAAACAUUGUUGAGAAGACUGUUGUAAUGCUUGAGUAUGAAAGUGCAUCCUUACCUGUUACGCAUGUAUCAGUUGAAGAUUCUGCAGUAUAUAACCAACAGUCUGAUACUCGUGGCACGGGGAAGAAAAGUACAGUGGCGUGUGAGCAUGCUUCCACAGAUGCACCUCCUUCACCCUUUGUAGGAUUUGUCCGGGAUCCUAUUCCAGGCUGGCAUCAGGGACAACUGAAUUCACAGGAGGUGGGAACAAGUUAUGCAGAGGAGACACCCAAAUUUGCUAAUAUUGAUCUUUCUGGAAAACCCUAUCAAGCUCCCUAUGCUUGUAACUCCUCCGUAGAAGAACCCUGUACUAGAAACUCAGAGUAUUCCAAAGCACCACCAGCAGUCUCAGACUUGGCAUCAGCAGAACCAACAAAAGCACAUGCCAAUGAUGCUAAAACUGUUAGAGUAUAUAACAGUCGAGAUGCUUCAGCAAAGACUCAGGUUAAGGAGCAACCAAGAGGCUUCAGGCGGCUCUGGAAGUUCUGCAAAAAGAAUCAAUCACUCAUUGCAAGUGAUAAAACUCUUGAAUCAGACAGCAAAAGUGUUAAUGGGCUAAAGCAGGAUGAUCAUGCAACAAGUACUACUUCAUCAAGUGAAGCUUGUACAUUGAAGAAUUUGAUAUCACAAGAUGAAACCCCAAUCACUGGUAAUGCUGUUCAAAAGUGCAGCUCGCCACUUUUCUUUGUUAUCUCCCUUCUGGAGGAGUGAGAAGAAGCUGACAUCAUAAAAAGAUGGGGUUACUAAACUUCAGUCAAACCAAAUGAUCAAACAAGCAAUCUUGCUUUUGCUCAUCCUGGUUAAAGCCUCUUUUGCUAAACAUUCAGCAGCUGCUUGCGGGUUCUCAAAGUGCCUGAUCAGGUUCACAGCCUCUUGCUCCUUCAUAACCUUAAACGACAGAAAACAAUCAUCAAUUUUUGUGAAGUCGUCUUAUACAGAACAGUAAGAUAGUUAGCUAUGGUAUUUUACUAGAUAUUGACAGGAUGUAUAACACACCCAGUUUUGGAUAAUAAAAAAAAUAAUCCAUUUAAGAUCA